AUGCACGAGAAUGUCCGUGAUUCCCCAGACUCGGAUAGCGCUUUACAUGAACACAGCCUCUCCAUAAUACACCGGGACAUCAAGGCCGAGAACGUAUUCCUGGCGGGUCCUGGAGUCGUCAAGCUGGGCGACUUUGGCUUCUCGACGCGCGUGCACAGCCUGGAACAGCAGCUCAGCACCUUCUGCGGCUCUCCGCCCUACGCCGCGCCGGAACUCUAUAAGGACGAAUCGUACCUCGGCCCGGCUGUUGACAUCUGGGCUCUGGGCGUUCUUCUGUUCUUCAUCUUGACGUCAGAUAUGCCGUUCAAGGCCAACACCGUGGCGGGCCUCAAGCGCCACAUCCUGGCCGGUUCCUUCGUCAUCCCCGAGCACGUGUCCCCCUCGGCCCAGGACCUCAUCACCAAGCUCCUGGUGCAGGACCCCUCCGAGCGGCCCUCACCCGGGACCAUCAUGAACCACACCUGGCUCUCCAUGGCGCCCCCGCCCCCGGAGCCGCUCCAGCCGUACGUGAUGGCGCCCGCGUUCUCCACGGAGGAGGACACGCCCUUCGAGUCCGAAAGCCUGUCCUGCCUCGCUCUCUCGACCGCCUCGUCCCCGCAGGCGGAGGCGGUGGCGACGCUGGCCACGUGGGGCAUCAACCGGGAGAGCCUCGAGGACGGGACCGCGUUGGGCGCCCGCUCGCCCGCGCUCGCCACCUACCGCAUCCUGCUCCACCGGCUCCUCAACCGCCCCGAGACGCCCAGCAUCACUUCCAACAACAACUCGGCCGACAACGCCUCCACGCCCGUGCCCGCGUCCUCGCCCUCGUCGCCCAACAAGGACACGUCGCCCCGGAGACACAGGCUCAGACUCAGGAACGGGACCGCGUCGGGGUCGGCGUCGGGAGGCGUGAAGUCCCGCGCGUGCAUCAUCGUCUGAGUGUGCUCGGAAGGGCGUUUCUUGCGUGCAUUUACAAAGAACUGACGACGAAGGCUUUAAGUUAUUUAUUAUUGGUUUAGGAGACAUCUCUCUCUUUCCCUUCUUGAUGGUUAUUUCGAAAGGUGUUUGUUCCUAUCUGUAUAUUCCGUUUACUUAUUUCACCGUGUUAUUUUUUAGGUGAUUUCACACAUUUUUAUUUUCGUUGCACUUCAUACUAUUCAGCAUAGUUUUUUUUUUUUUUUUUUUUUUUUUUUUUUUUUUUUUUUUUUUGUAGAGAACUGAUAAAACGAACGUGGAAUAUAACAGUGCUUACGUUAAAAGUUUUAUAAAAUCGGAAAUUUAUAUCAAAUACGAAAAAAAAAAUCCAUAAAACACAAAAUCUAUAAGAUUCAACCCCUACAUUAUCGUAGGAAAAAGAGAAAGAAAUAAUAGAAGAACCACAAAGAGCCGCAUUUUUCUUUUUUUUUUUUUUUUCUUCAAGCGGCUGUGUUUCUAUCUAUACGAGAAUAUUUAUGCAAAUUAUGUCAUAGAUGAUAUCGAAUUAUUAAUGUGUGGUCGUUGAGAGCGGUUCCUUUAGAUAGACUAGCCACUGUAUGUGUUAUAUUUGUGUGUAAUAUUCACCAGUGGGGAAAAAAAGGCCAAAGAAAAAAUUUACAAUAUAUAUAUAAGUACUAAAACAUAUGAAUGAAUAUUUAAAGCUUGUAUAUUUCCUGUACAGAGGUAUGAGUGUGAUAAGGUUAAUGUUUGGUUAUAAAUAUAUGUAUUUUAUGUGACUGAAUUUCAAUAUUGUUUUUGUGGCGGCAGUAAUAUUCUUUUUUUGGAAUAAUCUUUACCCCAAAUGAAGGUCAAAGGCAAAUGUGUAUUUAUUGUUAUCAUCGUUUUUUAAUCUAUUUAUUUCUUUUGGGGGUUUUUGAUGUGUACCGGAUGUUGCGAAGGACCAAACCUAACGGUGUAAGUUUGUGAGAAACUGUAUAAAUAUAUUUGUUUUCUCGCUUUCUUCCUUCUUUCUCUCUGUCUGUUUAUCGAAUUGUCUCUAUCUCCUCCUCCUCUCUCUCUCUCUCUCUCCUCUCUCUCUCUCUCUC